GAACAACAUGAAGAAAAUGCCGUGUUUAAUCCCACCAUUAUAACUAUUACAUUCUCAUAAUUUUUACUUUAAUACCUUCGCUCCUCUGAAACAUUUUCUCUAAAUUCAGUCUGCCUCGGUUCUGCAAAUUCCAUCCUCUGCUUUUUUCUGAAUUGUGAACUACAUCUAUUCAGAGCAAAUCUUUCGCACUCAGACCGUUCAAGAACGCACAAAUUCUAUAAAACCAGGAGUAGAAUUCCACAAUCUUCUACUGUAAAAUUGAAUGGAUUUCAUGAUCCCUUCUUCUGACAACACCGGCGCCAUGAGAGGCAGCAAAAACAACAGAUAUCCUUCCUUGGCAAAUAUGAUCAGAUUUGAACAUGGAAAACGGAAGAAAGAAUUAUUACCCAGCGAAGCAGAUGAGCAUAUUGUGAGGAAUGGCGAUGAAGGAAAAAUAGCAGACAAUCUAACCCCAACCAGAAGAAAGAAGACCAAAUUACUCAAGAGUUGCCCUGCACAAUCUUUGCACUCCAAAUCAAAUUUCAAUAUCUAUAAUACAAAUACUUGGAUUUUGGAAAGCAAUGAUGGAUUUCAGUUAAAGAGUUCUGAAAAACUUAAGAGUGAGAACACAAUUCAUGCGGGUGGAUCUCUGGACCUGUUGUAUGAUGCCAUUCAGGUGGUAGAAUAUCAGAUACUCCAAAAAUCCGUGGGCAUCCAGGCUCAGGAAAAGGAUUUGAUGUCUGUUUUAUCUGAAAAUGUUUUAAGACAGGGUAAAAAUGCUAUGGGUAUACCUAGUUUGCAGAGCAAUCCAUAUUGGGCAAAUGCUAGUGUGGAAAUGGAUGCUGCAAAAGAAUUGGCCAGAGAGGGACAACCCAGUGAUGUUCGGUAUAAUCCCAAGUGCAUUUUGAAGGCUGUGGGUAUAGAUGUAAGUGAAGGGGCAAUACCCCUGACUCGCUCCAAGGAAAGGCGGUUACCAAAACUGCCUGUUAAGUAUUCAGACUCUGUAUUGCAGCCAUGGAAGAAAGUUACAAGAAAAAAACCCAAGUAUUAAGAGGAUUCUUCCUGAUUAGGCAACUGCUCUGCUGACAUACAACAGGCCAAAUGUCUCUUUCACCCAUCCUUUUAACAUUUUGCUUUGAACAAUAGGAGUACAUAAGGGUGACUAUAAAUUUAGAUCCUGACUGGGGUAAUAGAAUCCCAGUUUUGUGCAGACAUCUAAAGCCAGGCACCAUGUAUAUACUGUAAAAAAUUUACAUUUCAUUUACUGGUCAGAUAUGAGUUCAUCUAAAGGAAAGUGACAUACUGAGCUUUGUAAAUGGAUGUAGCUGUUUGUAUUAGACAAAUGAGAUUAUGAGAUUAUACAUCUUGGACGAAGUAAUGAUUAUUGGGCUCAGUCAGUGAGGCUUUGUUCAAGGAAAAAUCUGUUUUUCUUUUGAUGAAAUAAAUCUAUAUAUUAUUUGCCCAAAUAAGU